UUAUUUGAAGAACGUGAAGGAACAAUCCAAGCAACGGGACUAAAGCCAACAUGCCGUGUAAACAUCUCGAAACCCUGAAUGAAUUCAAUUGUGCAUUAAAAGAAGCUGGAGAUAAACUGGUGGUCAUCGAUUUCCAUGCCUCAUGGUGUGGACCUUGCAAAGCCAUUGCCCCAUUUUAUCAAGAACUUUCGGAACAAUACACCAAUGUCAUCUUCUGCAAAGUUGAUGUGGAUGAUGCAGAGGAAAUUACUGAAACGUGUGUGAUCACAUCCAUGCCAACAUUCCUGUUCUUCAAGAAUGAAGUAAAGAUAUCGCAGCUUACUGGUGCCAAUAACGAAAAGUUGAAGGCUCUGAUUGAACAGCACCAGUGAUUCCAUUGUUUAUCUUGUCUCUGAGAACUUGUGUCUUGAAACAAAAUGUACACCGAUAAAUUUGUCUUAAAAGUAAAUUAAAGCCAUUUCAAUUUCUC